GUAUAGUUCUCAGUAAGUGAGAGCACCUAUUACCGUUUGGACGGAUUGAAAAAUUCGUACGUUCGUGUCGUUCGUCGCGUCCCGCGUCCUCGUUCAGAUACUUUGGUUUCAGUGUCCCUAGAAGAGAUGCAAGAAACCUUUGUCUGGUUGUAAACAUCGUGUUUGAACGUCUACAAAAAGAUUUAGUCAACGAGAAUAAAUUGAUUUAAAGUCAAUCAAUUUUCAAUCAUUUCGAUCGUCGCCUCAGUUUCGCUGAAACUUCAAAGCGCGACUGAAAAGAAUUUCAUUUGGUUGUAUUAUACCGCUGGAAAAAUAUCGUUUCGAAUGAACUCGACGCCAAAAAUCAGCCGCUUUCGGAUUUGAUAAAGAGUAUAAAACAGUGACGGGAUUCUCCCAUGAAAUUGUAGUUUGUUUUUAUUUGGCGAAUCUCGACGAGGGAAACACAGUCACUAAAGGAAAAUGGCGAACGGAUAUGAUGAGUGUUAUGACGCGACCUGGCAUCUGUUUCCGCCGGACUAUGCGGAGGACGAGUACAGAAUAUUGGAGAGUAUAAAAAUGCCCAGAACAAGUUUCCAUAUCCAUGACAUCCUGCAGCUCGAUUCCAAGCCGUCGCAGGAGGAAACGGAGGUUCAAGGUAACACGACGGUUCUACCGAACACGAACGAUGUCCCGUCAGCUUAUCAGCAGUUCUUCGAGCACACGACGGCCAUGUUGCAACCCGCGUUAUACGCGAAUCUAAACAGAGGGACGUUACCACCGCCGCCACCUGGUCUCCUCGGAUGGCCGGCUGGACCGACGUUACCUACUACCCUGCCUCAGCCCUUGGAAGAAGUGAAUGUGCUCCAGCAGCCGGACUCCACCAGCCCGACGAUCUCUGACCUGUCCUUCGCCCCGAAACAAGAGACCAACCACGAGUGUAAGGAGGAAGAAUCAGCGGACUUCGAGGACGAGCAGCAGAACAACGAGACCCAGCCCCACGAAACCGAGCACAAGAAGCGAAAACGGCGGGUGUUGUUCUCGAAAGCGCAGACGUUCGAGCUGGAAAGACGUUUCCGUCAGCAGAGAUACCUGAGCGCGCCGGAGAGAGAGCAUUUAGCGUCGAUAAUCCGACUGACGCCGACGCAGGUGAAGAUCUGGUUCCAGAAUCAUAGGUACAAGACGAAGAGGGCGGCUACCGAGAGGGUUGAAGCUGGCGGAAGCGGAUGUUCGCCUAGAAGAGUCGCCGUGCCGUUACUAAUUAAGGAUGGCAAGCCCUGCCAGUCGAAGCUGAUGGAGCCAACAGCGUAUCCUCCAGCUGGACAAGUACCAAUGCCACCCUACAUGCAGAAAUCUUACUGGUGGUAAAAAGAAGCUGUCUAACUCGCGUGAACGUCUCUGAAUGAUUGUCGUUGACACUGGAACGUCUAGGUAGCUGUAGAUUAGCUGAUGCGACGAGGAUCGGAAGCUUCUUGGUGUAUUGGCGAAUAUUUAACACAUGGAUGAGAAGCUAACAGACCUGGCUACGAUGACGAUUUGAAGGCAAGUCUAUCGGUUGUUGAUGUUCCUACGGUGUUUGAAGAAUGAAGAGGUGAGAUGAAGAUUGUAAUGGGAGUGAGUCUUUGUUAGAAAGAUCAUGGAUGAGUUGACCGAAGAAUAACCUUCGCGUACAAUCGAGCUAAGUGAAUCAUCCAAGUUGAGUUGCUUGAACAGUGUCAAGUAAACAUCACACAGAUACAAGUCUGGUAUUUCCAAAAGAGUUAUCAGGCUCUGAGUAAUAUCAGAGUCGAGUGAUUUGUGCAGAUAACUCUGGUUCCACAUACGGGAGCGUCGACGAAGUUGUUUCGGGACAAUCAAAUGGACACUAGUGCAUCAGUCUCAGCAAGAUAGUUAAUUAUCAAUCAAUACUGCUAGUUUAAAUAUCGUUCAUCGAUACCGACAGAUGAUAGAAUCUAAAAAUGCCGAUCAGAAAGAACUGCAAUGAUCAUCUUGCGUUGGAUGAACUGCCAAGACGAAGCUUUCGAUGUAUUCUCGUCGAUGACCAAUGAUCCUGCGCGCUAACGUUAAUGAGGAAAACGACGAUCAACGCGAAAAAACGCAGAGACCUCUGUACAACUUGUAUUGUGAGAGAAAAGUGUCGUUUAGAAGGACUUUAUGGUGAUCGGACAACGACGACAAGAUGGCGGGUCGCGACGGAGGGAGAAAAUGGCGCGGGUUCGCGCGAUACCAAAGAUAGCUCGCGAUCACGGUGAACAUAACUGCCGGACGAGUCGCGGGAAAGUGAUCUAGCGCAAAUAAAAUAGAUAAGUUAAAUCGAGAUACGUAGAGUCGUUAGAUAAAGUAAUUCACUGUUCAGAAGUUGGUAGAUAUUUCGUUUCUCCGUUCUCUUUCUUUGUACAAAAUGGUCGCCCGUAGCGUGGGCAUUAGUUGGUGUAGCGUGUGUGUGUCGAGACGUCGCGUUCGUACUUUUAAAACGUAACUUUUUCCAAUCGUAAUUCGUGUCCAUGAUGACCCGUGCGAGGGACAAAAUAAAGGGAUAGUCGAGCGUUUCUCUCGAUGGGAAGAGAGAGAAAAAGAGAAAAAGGAAGAGCCAUGACGAUUGUUUGUCGCUUAUGUAACUCGAACACCUCGCUUUCUAUCAAUCUAAUCGCGAUAACCAGAUAAAAAACGAUAAAAUACAAUUUCUCUUCGGACGUAGCAAGAAAUCAUUUUACGGAGAAUAAUUGUUGAACAGGUUGAUCAGAAUUUUGAACGUUUCGAGAACGUUUGAGGCGUUCGAGUAUGUUCCCCACUGUAAUUUCAUUUCGAUGUUCGUUCCGGUAACAUGUGAAAUAAAAUAGUAGAAUUUUCAAAACUUCACUGGCAAACUAUUUCGUAGCUGCCCACGACGUUGUUGAUUGUUUAAAUUAUUGUUAGAACGCGUUUGUCUAUGUUCAAGAACUCUUGUGAAAUAACGAAUUGCCAGUUUUUCGUUUAAGUUACCUAUUGAAACGAGCGAUUAUUUUAUUCCGAGCGCGUCAUUCGUGUUAAUUGGGAAUCUGUUUGGAGUCACAUUGUAUAGAUGGUAUAUCGUGGGUGUAACACUUGAACAGUUGAUAAAGAGAUCCCAGUUUAUCGCCUUUAAUUAGGUAGGUUGUAUAUAUGUACAUUAUGUAUAAUACAUAGUAGGUCUAAUAUAUCAGAUACAUAUUUAAUAAAAUCGAAUCUUA